AUGGAGUUGCGCGAAAUUGAGGACCAGCCGAUAAAAAUCCCGGCAAUGAUUCAAAGCAUGGCCUAUGGAGAGAGGCUCAAUGCAAAGCAGAUCCAAGAGCGUCUUGCUGCUUGUGGCAAGGACAUGAGCCUGAUGACGAUCAGGCACUACACCAACAAGUUCAAUCCUGAAGAGCACACUUUAGAGCUCAGGCGGAAGCUUUGGGACCAUGGACUAUCGCCUCCUCCUAAGAAAAUCAAGUGGAAUGAUGGAGAGAGCAUAGUCAAGAGGAUCAUUGACGUAGGUUUCUUUAAAAACGAAGAACUUGCGACAAUCUUGGGGACUUCUAAACGGACUAUUGAGCGAAUUGCUGCAGAGAAUACUGAGAGUGAAUCUGACGAAGCGGCUGGAAGAGAAAAGGCACUAUCCAGAUCUCCCCUAAAGCAUUGAAGUGAUGAAGACUUUGCUGAGGUCAUUAAGGAAUGUGAGAAGGAUACAGGGUUUGUCAGCAAGGCAAGUUUGAGGGCCCAAUUCAAAAGAAAGACAGUUGACAUCAGCGAAGAACAGCUAGGAAAAGAGCUGAAGAAGAGGGGAUAUGUCUAUAGGAAGAAGAGGGUUGUUCUACAGCUAACUGAAGCUCAUAAAGAGCAGAGAAUGUCCUGGGCUAGGUCUUUGAUUGACUCAGAUAUCGCUUCAUGGAUCUUCAGUGAUGAGUGCUAUGUGCAUCUCUUUCGUAACUCUAAUUUGUGCAAAGAAGGGAUAAACGCAACGAUUGAGAACCUCAAUUAUGAUCUGGGGAGGAAUUUCUAUCGUUUUUUUGGCAAAAUGCUCUUCAUAAAGAAGGAGAAGUAUGCAAUCAAUGCCCAGGUCUAUAUCAGAGACAUUCUCCAGGGCUAUAUUGAGCCUUUAGAUGGAGACUACACCUUCGUUCAGGAUGGGGCAACAGCCCAUACUGCAAGGCAGACUAUGGAAUAUUGCAGAGAAAACGGGAUUGAUGUGAAGACUCAAUCGCCGAAGAGCCCAGAUCUCAAUCCAAUUGAGAUGAUCUGGGCCAAUUUGAAGAGGAAAGUGGAGAAAAGAAGGCCUGACAGCAAAGCCAGACUAAUUGCUGCCAUUCAGGAGUCAUGGGACGAAAUUUCUUUUGAGGAAGUGCAAAAUUCCAUUCUUAAGGUGAAAAAUGAAAGAGCAAGGCAGGUCAUUGAAGUGCAAGGAGAAUGGAGUUAA